GUGUCCAAUGAAUGACAGACACACAGCAAUACCUGUGAAGAAGGAACUGAUCACAUUGGACAUAAAACUUAUUACUGCUGGAGAGUCAGUGAGAGACAGAAAUGGGGUAUAACGAGUGCAAUGGAGAAGAUUCCCGGCUCAGGGAGAAGACACACACAGGAGCAGAUGUGGAAGGGUCACCUGACCCCCUCCUCUUGUUUAAUAAACCACCGACAAAUGAGCCGCCAAAGAAGAAACUAGAGAUGCGUUCCAGUAUUUGCUUCAGCUCCCGUCAUGUUCCUUUAUUACUGGCAGUCUCUAUAAUUAUCAGUUUAAUCAUUGUUAUUGUGGGUUUGGCUGUUUCAUUUCACACAGGUUUCACAAAACCCUGCCCAGUGUGCCAAACUUGUGGUUAUUCUGCCCCCUGUGAGGAGGACUGGAUCUGGUACCGGGGGAAAUGUUAUUAUUUCUCUGAGACAUAUGAUGAGUGGAACAACAGCCAGAACUUCUGUGCCUCCCACAAUGCAUCUCUCUCUCUCAUCGACUCCCAGGAGGAACUGGAUUUUCUAAGAAGACAUAAGGGUCUCUAUGACCACUGGAUCGGGCUGUACAGAGACAUUGAUGGGCCGGCGUGGGUCUGGGCCAAUGGAUCCUUGUUCAGAAAUACGUUCCGUAUAGAAGGAGAUUCCCCGUGUGUUUACCUUAAUAACAACCGUAUUGGCAGCACAGAGUGUCAUGGAGACAAGAAAUGGAUCUGUAAUAAAAUAGAUGCAAAUAGUCACAUGCCACAUUUUUAAUAGGAGACACUAUGAGAUGUUGCCAUAUGUGUCUGCAGUUGCCCACGUGCCACAGAGGUUUGUGCCCAUUACAGGCUGCCCGGGCCCUUCCCCUCGUGGGCUGCGCUGCACUGAUGAGUCCCAAACAGGACGAAACGCAUUGUUACUGUUUGCUCAUUGGCUCAAAUGUGCAGCUGGGAAUGGUGGGUUUGGUGCCCCUUCCAUGUAAUGGAGUAUAGUGGUACAGAGUAGCUCUGAAUGGGCAGAUAAACCUCUGUGGCUGCAGGUGCAGAUGUGCAUUGAGUUUCUGGUUCUUAAAGGACAACUAAAGCCUAAC